UUUUUGCCCUUUUUUAAAUUAGUGAAAAUCCAAUUGCAGCUCACUUCAGUUUUCAAAUGUGAAUUCUCAAAACCCUAUUUCUAACUUCAUAGUUCAUAGACUCCAAUCUGCUCUAUAUAUAACUGGAAAUGUCGUUGAAUUUCAGAAAAUUUAAGAAAAUUCGGGACACUUCAGCUAUCACUCACCGAUUGAGUGAGAUUUUUGCGUCACAUACGUGUUCUUGUUCUGAUUAUAUCGGGCACAAUUACUUCCAUGAACGGUUUUCCGCUAGCAUUGGAGCUAUUCCACAUUUCUUCUCAUCGUAUUCAGCUGACAAUCCCGAAAUUCGCGACGAAUGCGUGAAAAGCGAUAGUAACGACGAUAGCAAACGUUUUUAUGAUAGGACAGCGGAAACGGUUUCCAAAGAAAGCCUAUUGAAUUCAGAUUACAAUUCGAACAGUUGGGGUGGAGAAAACUGCGAUAUUGAUGGUUUCGACGAGUCUGAUGAAGAAGUAGAAGAGGGGAAGAGUGAAGAAGGCAGCGACGACGAAUUUAGGGUAUUGAGUGCCUUUGAUGGGAACAGAGCGCGAAUCGAAGCUUCUAGAAGAAUUGAGGUGGACGAAGGUGAUUUGAGGCAUCCUUUAGUGAGAGAGAUAUGUAGGUUAAUUGAUCGCAGGGCAGCAUGGUCUCCGAAGCUUGAAUCGGAGUUGAAGCGAUUACUGCGCAGCCUGAAACCGAGCCAAGUGUGCGCUGUGCUUCGAGCUCAGUCUGAUGAAAGAAAUGCUUUGAAUUUCUUCUACUGGGCUGACAGGCAAUGGCGAUACAGGCAUUACCCUGUUGUUUAUCAUGAUAUGCUGAGAAUUCUGAGUAAGACGAAGCUAUGCCAAGGGGCUAAGCGAGUUCUUCAUCUUAUGAUUAGGAGGAAGAUUGAGCUCUGGCCCGAAGAUUUUGGUUGUGUGAUGGUCUCUUUCAGUAGAGCUGGUCAUCUCAGUAAAGCCUUGCAGAUGUUGAAUGUAAUGCAGAGAGCGGGAGUCGAGCUUGAUAUCUCCGUUUGCAACACUGCUGUUAAUGUUUUGGUGGAGGGGGAGAAGUUGGAGAAAGCAUUGAGGUUUUCGGAGAGGAUGCUGAUGGUUGGGAUUGAACCUAAUGUUGUUACGUAUAACUGUCUGGUUAAGGGCUAUUGUGAAAGGAAACAGUUGGAUGAUGCAGUGAAGCUGAUUGAAGAAAUGCCUCUGAAAGGUUGUGCUCCAGACAAAGUUAGUUAUUAUACUGUGAUGGGAGUUUUAUGCAAGGAGAAAAGGAUUGAUGAACUGAAAGGGCUUUUGAAGAAGAUGUUGGAAGAGAGUAAAUUGCAGCCAGAUCAAGUCACUUAUAAUACUCUUAUUCACAUCCUUUGCAAGCAUGGUCAUGGAGAUGAGGCGCUGGGGUUCCUACGGGAAGCAGAGGAAAGAGGGUUUCGUAUCGACAAAGUUGGGCACACUGCGGUAGUGCAUUGCUUUUGUCAGGAAGGACAAAUAGAUAGGGCUAAAGGUAUCAUUGAUGAAAUGCUAUUGAAGGGAUGCAGCCCUGAUGUUGUGACAUAUACUGCUGUUUUGAAUGGAUUUUGUCGCAUGGGGAAAGUUGACCAAGCUAAGAAUUUGCUGCAGGAGAUGUACAAGCAUGGUUGCAAGCCUAACUGUGUAUCAUACACAGCCUUGUUAAACGGGCUUUGUAGGGAUGGGAACUCUUUGGAGGCAAGAGAGAUGAUGGACAUGAGCGAGGGAUGGUGGACUCCGAACUCUGUGACAUACAGUGUAAUCUUGCAUGGGUUUCGUCGUGAAGGGAAGCUGUCUGAUGCCUGUGACAUAAUGAUGGAGAUGAUCAGAAAAGGGUUUUAUCCUUCCCCUGUCGACAUCAACCUAUUGAUUCAAUCAUUAUGUCGAGUUGGCAAGACAGAGCAAGCUAGGAAGUUAAUGGAGGAGUGCCUUAAAAAGGGGUGUGCUGUCAAUGUUGUGAACUAUACCUCUGUAAUUCAUGGAUUUUGCCAAAACGAUGACUUAGCCUCAGCUCUAUCUGUGUUUGAUGACAUGUACUUGAAUAACAAACACCCCGAUGCAGUGACAUUUACAACGGUAGUAGAUACGCUAGGAAGAAAAGGUAGAAUUGACGAGGCUACUGAAAUGGUAAAGAAAAUGCUCCAUCGCGGUUUGCUUCCUACAGCCGUCACGUAUAGAUCACUUAUCCAUAAUUUCUGCCAGCAUGGGAGGGUAGAUGAUUUGUUGAAGCUGAUGGACAAGCUGCUGCCUCGACAAAGCUUCAAAACAGCCUACAACCAAAUCAUUGAAAAGCUUUGUUGUUUUGGGCACACCGAUGAGGCUUACAAGCUCUUGGGAAGGGUUCUGAGAACUGCUUCCAAAAUUGAUGUGGAUACUUGCCACAUUCUUAUGAGAACUUUCUUAAGGAAUGAGAAUCCUCUUGGAUCAUAUCAAGUGGCUUCUAGAAUGUUCAAUCGGAAUUUGGUUCCUGAUUUGAAGUUGUGUGAGGAAGUGAGUAAGAAGUUGAUUUCACAGAAGAAGCUAGAGGAGGCUGAUAAGCUUAUGCUGCGAUUUGUAGAACGUGGGCAUUCUUCGCCUAACAGAAAACAGGCUCUCCAUAGUUGAACUGCAAAGUUCAGCCAUUCUUCGAUAUACAUACUGGUACAAUGAUCUCAAAGAAGAUAGGUAAAUGCAGGCAGUAAUGGAACUGUGAAUGAAAGUAAAAGCAUGUAAUUUCCUCAGAGGCUCAUUCAAGCAGUUGUUACAUUCCACAGGCGUUCUACUUAAUGGUUGUUUUGAUGCUUUGUAUCGUUCACGUUAAUUUUCAGGCCCAUGGAUCGGGAAAAGGGAGAACUUGUGUCCGAUGAUUUGAUUGUUGGGAUCCUAAGACAGUUUUCCAAGGCUCCAAGCACAAAAAGGUCAACUACUUUUAAUGCCUCUUUUUUUUGUUUGCUUACAUCAAUCAUGAUCUUACCUUAUGGCAUGAGUUUCUUAAUCCAGCUUGAUGAGAUGUUUGAAAAAACAAGUCAAGGUUGAGAAAGUUUCUUAACUUUGCAAUUGAUGAUGCUAUCCUGGAGGAGAGAAUUACUGGUAGCUGGAUGCAUCCAUUUAGUGCUCAUACUUACCACUCAAUGUUUGCACCCCCAAAACUGCCGGUGUUGAUAAUAUAAUAAGUGACCUCAUCUCUUUGUGACAUUGAAAACUAGCUCUUUCUUGAUGUCGGUGACAUGUUAUCAUUGUUCGUUAUGUGUGAAAUAAGUAUAUCUGCUCUUCAACCAUAAUAUUUCUGGUUACUCCAUUAGUAAGCUUUGCUUCUUAGGAGCUGAUUCUGUUUGAUCAUGUUUGAAGGUUUGUGAUUAUACAGCUGCUGUUCUCAAGUCAAGGCUCUAAACCUUCCAUAAGCAGACUGGGCCAGUAUGUUUCCCUCCCUCAUAUAUCUAUUGUUCUAACUCUGCUUUCAACCAAGUUACACUUGUGAAAUAAGUUUUUUGAAUAUUUACUUGGAAUGCUGAUUAAGUCGACUUCAUGGUUUUUUGCUUGGUCGUAGUUGCUAUGCUCCUUCUCCCAAAUGCAUUCGAGGGUCUUGAUGUUUCUGCGGUUCAUAUUGUUCUUAUUUUCCCGAUUUGAGGAAAUGGUAUAGUUAUCCAACUUCGUUUAACCUUUAUGCCGAAAACUUUCUUGUCACCGUUAGUCUGAGAAAAUCGUAACUUUAGCUUCUUGGUUUAGGUCAUAUUCUCUAAUGUAGAAAAACUUUACUUGCUGGUAUCUUUGUGACUGCAUUUUAGUUCCUAUGUUGCCCACCAAUCUCCAUAAUAUCUAAAUGUGUGAUGGACACAGUUGUUGGUCAUGAGAGAGAGAGAGACAGAGAGAGAGAGUUGAAAACAACAUGACUAGAAUUUUGAUCAUAGAAGUCUAGGACACGACUCCAUCUGUCGACAGAUUGUCCAGAAUGACUAGGUAGUGGAUCCAAACUCCUUUAUACUGGCAAAGGAUUCAUUCAGAUGUCUUUUCUGCUCUUUCUUAAAUUCCUUCAAAUAUCAUUGUGAUUUAAAACAUAGUCUUCGCGACCGUCUUUUCUUUGCCACGUGAACGAGUGAUAAUGGUUCCGCGUACACGUAUAUUGCUUGGUACAAGUGGGGUAAAUCCGAGCCCAUAUGCUCUGGUUCGACUUUGUCUCGUAUGUAAUUCAUCGGUCAUGCAUAUUACUUUGUACGAAAAGAUAUGACCUCCUUGUCAGUGGUUUGGACUCAUUAGGAUACACACUAGCUCAAGUCGUAGCUCCAAGGUAUUGAUUCGAGUAGGACUGUUCAUUCUCGUUCGAUUUCAUCUCAUGUACUUGUUCAUCCGUGCACGUCAUGUGUAUGAUGUCGAUACUUCAGCGGGUGAUGUCGGGAAGGUGGCCAACCAACCCUAUACUACACUGCUAAAAAUGUAAAAAUUUAUGUGUGAUCAAAUCUGAUCUUCCUACAAUAGCAAGUCAAUAAUCCUACUAUGUUGGUGCAAAGCUUGAAAAUGAUGGCUUUCUUUAAAGAAAAAAAAUACAGACAUACGCUAUGUAUCUUUGAUUUCUGUAAUUAUUUCAAUAGUAGUUUUGGUUGUUGCCUCCCCCAGAUUGAAUGCACUUGUGCUACAAAACCUAUCAAUUUAAUUAUUUUAAUAUAUAUUUGUAUUUCCUAGAUUAAA